UCUUUGUUCAUUCAGUGACCAUCCACAAGCCUGCAGCAAUGGGGACAUUUAUGUUUGUUCUGAUAUGGAGUUUCACCCUUGUGUCCAUCAGUGAGCAAUCUCCUUCGUUUGUCAUUACAGCUCCUAAACUUAUUCACCUAGAGGUACCUGAAAAUGUAGCAGUACAGGUACAAGGAGUGCAAAACCCUAUUAAAAUGACUUUAUACUUGGAGAAUCCUGGUCGUGGAACCCAUUCUCAGAAGUGCUCUCAAGAUGUUGUCAUCCAACUGCCGAUCAAUGGUUUUUAUGAGACGGUUGUUUCUUUGAAGAUUACCAAACAGCAGGCAGACCAAUGCCAGCUAUUCACACAAGUGAGAGAAAAGUAUUUGCAUUUGGUGGCAGAGAGCUCAAAUUACUUUUCCAUACGCAAGGUACCCAUCCGCUGGUCCACAAGAAGGGGUUAUCUUUUCAUCCAGACUGACAAGCCUAUAUAUACACCCAAUGAACGAGUCCAGUUUCGUGUGUUUACCUUGGACCACAUGAUGAAACCCACUGAGGAGGCAAUUGCCUUGCAAGUAUUUAAUUCCAGAGAUAUCCAAGUUAUGCACAAAGAGAAGUUUUCUCAAAACUCCAUCAUUAGCGAACAUUUUAUGAUUCCAGACAUUGCAGAAUCUGGAAUUUGGAGGAUUAUGGCCUAUUUCUCUGACUCUCCAAUGUCUAAUGUGACAACAGAAUUUGAAGUAAAGAAAUUUGUUCUGCCAGCUUUUGAGGUGAAGAUCAUCCCCAACAAGAUGUACUACUCCAUCAGGGAUCCCAACUUCAGUUUCUGGAUCACAGUCUUGUACACAUAUGGAGAAGCGGUGAAUGGUGUAGCGUAUCUGAGGUUUGCCAUCAUUGAUCAAGCUGGUAACACCACGUUUUUGAAAGGAUUAGAACAGCAGGCCAAGGUUACUGAUGGGAAAUGUGAUCAUCUUCAGCUGAACAGUUCAGACAUAGAAAAGAAACUUAACAAAAAAGUAGCUGAUUUGGAGGGAUUCCAAUUGUACAUCGCUGUGACUAUGGUGGAGACUGCUAGUGGUGAAAUGGAAGAGGCAGAAAUUAAAGUGAAGAUUGUCUCAUCUCCCUACAAUAUUGACCUGUCACGAACUAAGCGUUUCUUUUCUCCAGGAAAUCCAUUCCAUGUAGUGGCUACUGUUUCUACUCCAGAUGGUACACUACUCCCUUUUGUGCAAGUAAAGCUUCAAGUGAGGAUAAGAGGCAGUAACGAUAUACAACAGGUCCACAGUACUAAUAAAGAUGGCCUAAUUGAGUUUCCAGUUAACAUCCCAAUAUCAGCAACUGAACUGAAUGUAAAGCUAACUGUUGGUGAAGAUGCAGAGAUGAGCAUCUCAGAGAUGGUUGCUACCAUUUACAAAUCAGACAGCAAAAGUUAUCUUUAUAUCAAUGUGCCACAGACGAUCUUUAAACUCUCUGACCCCGUAAGAGUUAUCUUACAGGAUGUUACACCAGCAGGGACCAAUGUGGAUUACUUUUAUUACUUGAUUAUCAGCAAAGGACGGAUACUAGACAUAAAAAAAAUUGCACGGACCUUAGUCACUGUGGUCCAUCUACAUGUAGAAGAAAACAUGAUCCCUUCUUUCAGAUUUGUGGCUUACUACUAUCGUGGAAAAGAGAUUGUGGCUGACUCUGUCUGGGUUGAUGUGAUUGACAGGUGCGCUGGAAAGCUGGAACUGAAGCCUAGUGUUUCACCAACAAACUAUCAUGAACCAGGCAGUUCCAUGACGAUGGGCAUUUAUACCAGUGGGGCGGCAUCUGUUUCUCUGGUAGCUGUUGACACAGCUGUUUAUAUUUUAAACAAGAAGAACAAGUUAUCUUCCAACAAGGUGUUUGCUGCAAUGAACUCAUAUGACCUUGGCUGCACAGUUGGCAGUGGUCAGAAUAACCUGGGUGUAUUCUCAGAUGCUGGGCUGUCAAUCCUGUCUGACACAAUUCAGUCUGAUAUCACACAAGACUACAGCUGCAAAUCAGAGUCCAGGAGACAAAAGCGUUCUCUUCAACUUCAACCAAAGAUGCAAGGAAAAGUGGACGAGUACCCAGACAAUGUGAAGAAAUGCUGCAGUGAUGGAAUGGCACAGAUUAAAAUGAGACUAACAUGUGAACAGCGGGCAAGCAGAAUCAAACCUAUCUAUCCUGUUUGCAAAAAAGCUUUCUUAGAGUGUUGCCAAUAUGCCGAGAAGCUCAGAGCGGAAGAGAGGAAGAGAAGAAUCCAUCUUCCAGGACUGGCACGAACAUUUGAGGAUUGGGCAGAUGAACAGGAUUUCUUUGAUGAAAGUGCAAUUGUGACUAGAACUGUCUUUCCUCAAAGCUGGUUGUGGAAAACAGUGAAUGUAAAAGACAAUGGUGAAUACAUGCACAGAGAUAUACAAUUACCCGACUCCAUCACAACAUGGGAAGUCCAAGCUGUAAGCCUGUCAAAAACCAAAGGUAUAUGCAUUGCCGAGCCUGUUACAAUCAAAGCCUUCAAAAAGUUCCACAUUUCACUCCGCCUGCCUUACUCUGUAAAACGUUUUGAGCAGUUGGAAAUAAGGGCAGUACUGUACAACUAUCAUGAUGGAGAACUCAAGUUUACUAUAAUCAUGAAAGAGGCUGAAGGAAUUUGCAAUUCUGCUACUUCAUCAAAGGGAAUUAAGCAGGAACUGACUCUAGGACCUAAGUCUGCAAAAGCUGUGUAUUUCUCUGUGGUACCCAUGAAAGUGGGUAAUAUUCCCAUACACAUUUUGGCCUACGAUAGUACAUUUGGGAUCAAUGAUGGGAUUUUAAAGACUCUUCGAGUUGUUGGUGAAGGAGUCACAAAGAUAGAUGAAAGCACUUUCCAUGUUAACCCAGAAGGCAAAGGCGAAAGGUCCUUUACCAUAGAUGAAGAUGUUCCACCUAAUGUAGUCCCUGAGGCACCAUAUGAGAUGUAUGUGCGUGUGAGUGGUGAAAUGUCUGAAGAAACUGUGGAUAACUGCUUGGAUCCUGGAAAUAUCGACAAAUUUAUCCGUGUGCCAAAUGGCUGUGCAGAGCAGACAAUGAUCUAUAUGUCACCCGCUGUAUCGACCAUUGAGUACCUGGAUCAGAGUGAGCAGUGGCUGAAGAUGAAACCCGAACGUAAACAGGAAGCACUGAAAAUCAUGCAAAUGGGGUACAAUCGAAUCUUGGAAUACAAGAAGGAUGAUGGCUCCUAUGGUGCAUGGAAACAUCAUCCAAGCAGCACUUGGCUAACAGCAUUUGUUGCAAAAGUUUUGUCGCGAGUUUCUUCCUACAUUUAUGUGGAUAAAAAAGGUGUGAUCCAUGCUGCAGUGAAUUAUCUGCUAAAACUACAGAAUGAUGCUGGUGCUUUCACUGACCCAAAUCCAGUUAUACACAGAGAGAUGCAGGGUGGAAUUGGAGGCACCGAGGAGCGUGUUUCCCUAACAUCCUUUGUCAUCAUUGCUCUCUACCAUGUGAACAAAACAUAUGCAGACCUCAAUGAGCAAAAGAAGCUGCAAACAAGUAUUGAGAGAGCAGUAGAAUUUCUGAAGCAGAGGCUGCCACAAACAGAGAGCAUAUAUACCCUCGCCAUUUCUGCAUAUGCACUGACCCUCAUUGAGCCUGAUAGUAGUGAGGCCAAGGAUGUCAGUGACAGGCUGGACAGAGCUGCAAAAUAUGAUAAAGAAAAGGACACACGCCAUUGGGAAAUUGAGGAAUCCAAAAGACUUAAAGAUGAAUCUCGAGCUCACCUUGUGCCAAAAUCUUCUGCCCUUGGUGUAGAAGUCACAGCAUAUGCCCUGCUCCAUACCUUGUUGCUCAAAGAUAUUAUCUAUGCCAACUCUAUAGUUAAAUGGCUAACUGAACAGAAGAACUAUGGAGGAGGUUUCUAUUCAACACAGGACACUGUUGUAGCCAUGGAGGCCCUGGCACAGUACUUUAUUAUGAUACAUGGCGGAGAUGAAACCAACAUGGAAGUUCAACUGAGUUCGCCUGCAAGAAGCUUUAAAAAGACCAUCAUGGUGACAAAGGCUGGAAGAAGUAUACAAGAAGAUUUACAGUUUCCUCUAGGAACCAAAAUUAAUGUUGAUGUUCGAGGAAAGGGAAAAGGAGCCAUAAGUAUUAUGAGACUGUAUAAUGUCAUAGACGUUGACAACAGCACUUGCACAGACAUAAAAAUUGAAGUGACUUUGAGAGGAGAGGUGAAGUAUGAACCAGCUGAAGAAUAUGAUUAUGACUAUGGUGACGCAAUGGCUGAUGAACCCUUCAGCAAAAUCAGCUGGUUUGACCGACGGAACAGGAGGAGGAGAGAAGCAGCAGCUCCCGGCAGCAGUGAUAAACCCGUGAUAUAUGACAUCUGCAUAUGGAGAGACCCAAAAGCAAAGGUGUCCGGUAUGGCUAUUGCUGACAUUACCAUGCUGAGUGGCUUUGAGCCAAACAGUGCUGACCUUGAUAAGUUGGUUUCACUUACCGAACAAUAUAUCAGUCACUAUGAGUUCAAGGAAGGGAGACUACUACUUUACUUUGAUGAGAUUCCAAAAGAAAAAGAUUGCAUAUCCUUUGAAGCAAAGCAAAUUCUACCAAUUGGACUACUUCAGCCCACUAGUGCAAGUCUUUAUGAUUUUUAUGAACCAGGUCAAAAGUGCAUUGUAUUUUACAAUGCCCCAGAUCGUAGUACAUUUGUGAAUACUCUCUGCUCAGAUGAUGUGUGUCAGUGUGCUGAAGGACCAUGUCCUAUUUACAGAAAAACUUUUGAUAAAGGCAUGACAGAAGACAAACGUAUGUCACAUGCCUGCUACAGCCCCAUCGUAGAAUAUGGCUACAAAGUUAAAGUACUAAGAACAACACAGCAAAACAGUUUUGAAGUCUAUAUGUGUGAGGUAGUUGAACCUCUCAGAACUACUAAAGAUUCAAAACUGAAGGCAGGAGACUUUCGAUAUUUCCUGAAGCGCAGAUCCUGUAAACUUCAGCUGUCACCUGGUAAAGAGUACCUGCUAAUGGGAAAUGACGGGAAGACCUCUGAUGCCAGCAAGAAUGUACAAUAUCUCUUGGACUCAAAAACUUGGAUUGAAGAGAUUCCAGAAGACAGAAAAUGCAGAGGGACAGCAUACAGACCUGCGUGCAAUGAACUGCAAAACUUCCUUACAAAGUAUGAAAUGGAUGGUUGUGCUGUCUAAAUCUACCAUUUUUUAUGUACUCACCCAAAUGGUAAUAAGAAAUUCUGCAUUAACGCUACAAAACAGGAUGACUACAGAAAUAAAUGCCAAGAAUUACACAUUUCUGUAUAUUUUCCAGAAUUAAAACAAUUACUUAAGUAGUUACAUCUAUUUCAUACUCAGUUCUACUAUGUACACUGUUUAGUUUUGCAUUUUUAACCAAUUCCAAUAUGACUUGUACAGCUUGCUUUUUUCAUCCAGUACAAAUACAGUAAAAGUUACAUUCUGUCUGUUACUGAUCUAUUAAAAUAUCAGGGGCACUAGACUGUUUUUGUAAUAGGGAUAUCUCUCUUCCUUCAUAUCAACUUAGUUAACAUUCAAUAAAGUAAAAAGGAAAUAAAUUA